AGUAAAAGUCAAAUUAAAACUUUCACUAGGUAACUAAAAUGGCAAGAAAAUAUGUAUUCAACUUGAAUUGAUUUCAUUUUACAAGUUAUAAGGCUUUCAAGAUGUUUGGUUCACUUUUAGAGCUGACCGAUGACUUCUUUGCUUACAAUUUAAAAUAUUUGUUUCUUGUCGGAUUAUGGCCGGACGAUCCUUGGGCCAAAGCGCACCCAACUCUGUACAAAAUGUACGAGUAUACUACGCACGUACUGGCAAUUAUUUACAUGAUUUCUAGUGGCAUCGGGACCUAUCAAAUAAAGGAUGACGUUGUUCUGUUCAUGACCAAUUUAGACAAGUGUCUGGUAGCAUACAAUUUUGUCGCAAAAGUGGUUAUUUUCGUUUUCAAACGCAGGCAGGUUGAGAUUCUGAUUUCCCAGAUUAUUAAUUCAGGCGAUCAGAUAACCGAAGAACGUAAAAAGAUGACGUUGAUGAUGAUCAUAAUUGUAACUGGAUUGAGUACAUCUGUAGUAGGUGCGUUUAGUGCUUUAGCUUUGUAUCACAACGAAAUGCCUGUAGAGGCUUGGAUGCCUUUCGAUCCGAUGGAAAGCAAGAUGAAUUUGCUGACGGCAACUCAACUGGCGGCCAUUACCAUUGUGGUGCCGGUGAUUUGGCGAGGUAUAUCUAUGCAAGGGAUAGUCUGUAGCUUGAUAAUGUACUUGUGCGACCAACUAGUCGAAUUGCAAGAUAGGAUCAGGUCGCUGGAAUUUACUUCUAUGACUGAAAGAGCUGUGAGAGAGGAAUUUAAAGAUAUUAUAAAAAAACAUGUUCGGCUGAUGGGGUACACUCAAAAUAUGAAUAAAAUUUUCGAAGAGUAUUUCUUGAUCCAGAACUUAGCGGUCACUUUAGAAUUGUGUCUCAAUGCUCUGAUGGCCACAAUGGUUGGAUUCGAGCAAAAAACUCUGUUGGCUACUUUCUUUGUCUUUUUGUGUAUCGCUUUGAUGAAUGCAUACAUUUAUUGCUAUUUGGGUAAUGAGAUGAUUAUUCAGAGUGAGAAUCUUGCAUUGGCGGCAUACGAAUCUUCGUGGAUAUCAUGGCCAUUGGACCUGCAGAAAGAUUUGUUGAUCCUCCUGAGAGUAGCCCAGAAACCGCUUUAUUUGAGUGCUGGAGGCAUGGUCGCCAUGUCUAUACAGACUUACAGUCAGCACGUCGCCAUUCUGGACAUCGAUGGGACUAGAGGGACUGCGUUCCAAAACGAGUUGAACGCUGAAUAUGGCGCCAAUAAGAGCAAGUUCUACCAGUGCGAUGUCACGAACGACGAUCAGCUGUUCGCGGCGUUUCAGUCCGUCGUAGCGGGCCAUGGGGGCCUCGACCUGGUAGUCAACAAUGCUGGCAUCAUGAACGAUGCCCCGCACGUGUAUAAGAAAGAAAUCUCGAUUAACGUGACUGCUCUGAUCACCAGCACCUUGAAAGCCCUAGAGCUGAUGCGCACAGAUGAAGGCGGUAAAGGAGGCACCGUCAUAAACAUAGCUUCUGUCGCCGGCCUUUGCCAGUUUUCCGUCAUGCCCAUUUACUGGGCCACCAAGGCGGCUGUUAUCCAGUUCAGCAACUGUAUCGGUAAAGAGGACUAUUACAAGAAGACUGGCGUCCGCGUCCUGGUAAUGUGUUUUGGAGCCACCAACACCAGUCUCAUCAGCGGUCAGAAGCUGGGAUCGCUCGACAAGAACGUGGCCGGCGAAAACAUCUCCAGCUUUUUUUAUGAAGCCCAUCAUGUACAACGGAUGGAAUCAGCAGCCCAGGGUGUGAUCGAUGCGUACAAGAAAGGCUCCAGUGGCAGCACCUGGAUCGCAACCCGGGACCUCCCCGCCAAGGACAUUACUGACAACGUCAAUAGGGCAUACGAGAUCUUGGGCGAACAUAUUUGACCGCAUGUAGAACAGUGAGCUGCAAAUUUGCAUGGACACAUUAUGAAUGGAAUUCAUUCAUAAAGUGGCCACAUGUAGAUAGGCAACGAAAUUCAGUGAGGUUUGUUAAUUCUCUUUGCUUAGUUAAAUGAAGUGUAAAAACCGGGAAAGUUGAAAGCAACGCACGGAGGUUACAGGGUUUUAUAUUAGUUAUUGAAUUUAUCUUAAUACAUAUGUACAUAGUUUUAGAUAUUUUUUAUUAUUAUAUAGCCUUUUGUUCUAAACAUGUUUGAUUUUGUGAUAGUAAAUUAGUUUUGAUUGUUUAUAUGAAGUCUUUUAGUUCAGUGUGCCUGUCGGCAAAGGCCUCCUCCAACUCCUUCCAGUAUUUCCUCUCUCUUGCCACCCUUGUCCAGAGUGGUCCCAUGCACUGUACGUAUAAUUUCGUCUUCCCAUCGUGUUAAUUGAGGGCCUUACGAUCUUGACCCAUCGGUAUAGGGUGCCACAUUAAAUAAAUAAAAACGUAGGUAUAUAUAUAUAUAUAUAACACUUUAAACUCUCGC